AUGUCUUCAAAGGUUUGUGCAUGUGGUGUUAAACUGCUCCCAUACCUAAAUGAUAAGCAACACAUGGGACAAAACUUGAGAGAAAAGGAGGAACAAGGGACUGAGAGGAGGGAACAAGGGAGGAAGAGAAGGGAACAAAGGAGUAAGAGAAGGAAGAACAAGGGAAUGAGAGAAGGGAACAAGGGAGUGAGAGAAGGGGGAACAAAGAAGAGAAGGAGAAUGAAAGAUGGGAGAGGAAGAACAAAGGAGGAGAAAUGGGAACUAAGGAGGAGAGAAGAGGCCUGGAGGAGGGAUACCACAAAGGCAGAGGGAAAGAGAGAUGGUAGAGCCAUUUGCGGUAGAUGCCUUCCAGAUGCCAGAGACUUGAUGUUAGUCUACCCCAACUCCUUCUUGUCCCCAUCUCCUGUUUCUUCUACUUUUAUUCUGUCUCCUCCUGUUUUGUCUUCUACUUCUCCAUCUCCUGUUUUGUCUUCUACUUCUCCAUCUUCUCCUGUUUUGUCUUCUACUCCAUCUUCUCCUGUUUUGUCUUCUACUUCUCCAUCUUCUCCUGUUUUGUCUUCUACUUCUCCAUCUUCUCCUGUUUUGUCUUCUACUUCUCCAUCUUCUCCUGUUUUGUCUUCUACUCCAUCUUCUCCUGUUUUGUCUUCUACUUCUCCAUCUUCUCCUGUUUUGUCUUCUACUUCUCCAUCUUCUCCUGUUUUGUCUUCCACUUCUCGGUCUUCUCCUGUUUUGUCUUCUACUUCUCCAUCUCCUGUUUUGUCUUCUACUUCUCCAUCUUCUCCUGUUUUGUCUUCUACUUCUCCAUCUUCUCCUGUUUUGUCUUCUACUUCUCCAUCUUCUCCUGUUUUGUCUUCUACUCCAUCUUCUCCUGUUUUGUCUUCUACUUCUCCAUCUUCUCCUGUUUUGUCUUCU